UACAUUCAAUAUUAAGCUAGCAAUUAACUUUGAUAUCUUUUGUAUCUUUUUUCAUUUAAAAGCCACUCAAUUAUUAAACACAUAGAUCUCUAAAAAAAAAUAAGAUAUAUGUCAAGAAAUUAACUACCGGUUCUAGAAAAUAUUUACUGAAAUAAAAAUAAUUACUGUUUACUGAGAAAAUAACUGUUUAACUGAAAUAAUUAUUCUGUGAAGAAUUAAAUUGAAUGUUUAAAUUGUGGUCAUUUAAUGAUCAUUUAAAAAUUUAGAAAAUGUCACAAAAUAACAAUUGUUUGAAGAAAGUUCAUAGUCUCGAGAAAGUUACAUCAACUUUUGGACUUUCAGAAGGACCACAUUGGGAUAUUCGAUCUCAAAAAUUGUACUUUGUACAAAUAUGGAAACAGCACAUUUGCAGUUAUGAUCCGGCAACAGGAAAAGUCUUCCACGCUUUCAUAAAGAAUGGCCCCGUGAGUUUAGUCACAACCAUCGAAGGACAACCGGGAAAAUUACUAGCAACAUCCGGAACUGAUAUUGUCAUUGUUACAUGGAAUGGCGAAAGUAAUGUUGAAAAUCCUGAAAUUAAAUUAUUAGUUAGCAUCGAAAAAAAUAAGAAAGGUUACAGAUUCAACGACGGAAAAAUUGAUGCACUUGGAAGACUAUGGGCUGGAACAAUGUGUCAGAUUGAUCAGAAAAAUAUACCGGAUGUAGGAAGUCUCUAUCUCAUCGAUGGAAAAUUGAAACCGAAAAGAAAAAUCUCCUCAGUUUCAAUAAGCAACGGUUUGGAAUGGAGCAAAGACAAUAAAAUGUUUUACUUCAUAGACACAACGACGAAUAAAGUCUUUGCUUAUGAUUUUGAUUUGCCCUCUGGAAAUAUCUCAAAUCGACGAGUUAUUAUUGACGUCAAGGAAAAAGGAUUUCAAGGAUUUCCCGAUGGCAUGACUAUCGAUACUGAGGGAAAUUUGUGGGUGGCUUUAGUUCAUGGAUCUAAGUUGAUUCGUGUGGAUCCGAAAAAUGGAAAAAUUCUCAAAGUGAUUGAUUUUCCAACGAAAAUGGUAACAAGCGUAGCUUUCGGUGGCGCUGAUUUCGAUAUUUUAUAUGUCACAACAGCAUCUUACGAUUUCCCCAAUAAAAUUGUUGAUUCAAAGGGCGGUCAAAUUUUCGCUCUGAAAAAUUUAGGUGUGAAAGGAUAUCCUCCACAUUCUUUUAAAUUAAGUAAAUAAAGAAUUUGAUUAAUUAUUAAAAUCUCUCCUCUGGUUUUAGCAAAAGAAACAAUUCUUUUCUACUAAAAAGUAAAAAAUAUAAAACAAAAAUAAAUUUUAUUUUUAUCUCAACAAAAAAGAGAAAAAGAAUUAAUCUACACUUGACAAACAAAAUUGGUUAAAGAGUAAAAAUUCUAACAAAUUUCUUUUGUAUCAAAAUUUGCUAUUUAUUGUUACGCAUUUAAGGAAAAUAUAAAUAAUUAUAUAUGCGACUAUGUUAACGAUUUAUACACGUGAGAAAAAAAAUUAUCACAAAUUCUUUUUGAUACUUCAAGUAUUUAUAAAAUGUUAAUAUGCUAAAUAAUUUGUUUUCUAAAAACUAGAGCCACUAAUAUAAUAUAAAACAAUGGACAAUAAUAAAUUACAUUUUUACAAUCGUCUUAAAUUAAUUUUUUACGGUUGUACUGUUCAACAAACAAACAAACGUUUUGAUGAAAAUAAUACUAUUAAUUGCAUUUUUAAACUUAAUUUCACUGUCUCUGACGAUGCUUUUGUAUUCAUGAUUAUAAAUUAAAAAGUUUUCAACAUAAA